AUGCAAAAAAUACAAGAUCUUAAAAACCUCAUUGUACAGAGCCCUCAGUAUGACGAAAAAUUCGUCGAGGCAACACUAGAGUCGAUUAUCGAAGCGCGAAUCGAACAACAUAGACUCGAAGAAGCCGAAGAGCGUAAACUUGAAAGGGAAAGGGAGAGAGAAUUUGAAUUAGAACGUCUAAGGUUGACAAACGCCAAUAAUGGCAGAGAAAAUUCUCAAAAUAAUAUUCCGAGAUCUAUGAGAGAUUUGCAAAAUUUAAUGCAGAGAUAUAAUCCCGAAUCAUCGGAUAUUUCGCUUUACUUAGCGAUGUUUGAGCGUCAGGCUCGCAAAGCGAAGGUAGAGGAAGGAGACUGGGUGUCACAUUUGAUGGCUCUAUUGCCAAUGGACAUUGUUUCUAUUAUUCUACGAGAGCCGGAACAGGAGCUAGAUAAUUACUCCUACGUAAAGAAAAUUCUUUUGCAGCGGUUUAAGUUGAACCCAGAGGCGUUCCGCGUCAAAUUUGUUCAACACCAGCGUCGUGCGGGUAGUUUAUAUAAAGACUUUGCUUUUGAGUUAAAAAACUAUCUAGAUGAAUGGUUUAAACGGAGUAGACGUACGAGAUUUUCGAUGCGCUAA